UCUGAUCCAAUGCUGGAGAGAAUGACUGGUAGCAUUGGGUCCAUGAACCAAGAAAUGGAGCGGAGCCUGGGAAAACCUACCCGGAGAAACAAAUACCAGCUGAAACUCAAACCCUCAGAGAGAUCCGGAGACUCAAAUGUCCAUCCCUCCUGGCAAAGAUAUUCCCAGAUUUGUCCGACGUGAUUGCAAAGGCGCCCAAGUCUCCUCGCAACGCAGGGUAAGAAGGAAGGAAAACACAACGUUAGGAAACAUCAGGCCACCCAGGCUCGCGGUCUGAAGCUCCCGAAGCUCCCGGGCGACUCCGGGCCGACCCGUCUUCGCCGGCGGGGCUGAGGCCGAGCUUUGGCGCUCUAGCAACGGAGAGAGCCUUUGUCGCGUCCUGGCAACGCGCUCCGCCCCGCCCGCCGCGGCCUCGCGCUCCCUGGACGCGGGUCCCCGCCCGCGGCUCGGCUCGCCACCCUCUGGGCCCCUCGGUGUCCCCAGGACGUGGAUCUGCACGCUCCGCUUCAGGGGCCGAGGCUCGGGGAGAGCAAGAGCGGCACAGGGGCGGAGAGAACGUUUACAUUAAAGAAAAAAAAUGAUUUGAUAUUUUUUAUAUUUAAGGUACAUUCAAAGCUCUGGGGAAAGGGGGCUGGAGGGUGGGGGAAAUCACUUUUGUACAAACUCCAUCUAAAGAAGGAAAAAAAGAGACCCACUGAGGACGCCACUCUGAGCCGACUGGGGACCGGAGAUGUUGGACACCAUCGUCCCUACCCUGGUGGACCUGAGCAGGCAGGUGCUGCCCACGCUGCCCUCGCUGAGCCAGGAGGAAGUCUCUGCUAUCUGGGGGAAUGUGUCAGAGUUUGUGGAACGACAACUAUCCCUACACAAGGGGGUGCAGAUUCCAGGACUUGGAACUUUCACUUUCAUGAGACAAAAACUUCAGGUGGGGAACAACAAGUUUAUUCUAACGCAGAGGCCCAUGUUUGUCAUGGUGGAGAAGCUGGUUCAGCUCCAUGGACUCAGACAGAGCAAAGUAUAUACUCCUGGUGAUAUCCCAAUUGUUCCACUUAAUUUUGUCAUGAUAUCCCUGGAGGGUCCAUUUAACAGGGACACAGUGGAAGGAUGUGUGAAGGAGACAUUGCUUUUUUUAUCACGAUCUAUUUCCAUCAAAAAAAAUGUGGAGUUUACAUUCAAAGGAAUUGGGGUCCUCGUAAUAAGAGACGGCAAAGUGAAGAUGAGAUUUUAUAAGGACUUCCUUUGUUCAAUGGAUGGAAGUGGGGCUUUGGCGAAAGCCCUAGCAAAUAGGCCGGGCACUGUGGACUCGGUGCUGUCCAGCACGGAGACCCUGGGGAGGCGGCCCAACAGCGUGCUUGCGUUUUCAAGCAUUGACUUCAAGGAGAUGGACAACAAGCCACCUAUGGAGACCAUUCUGGAAGAAGGGGGAAAGAACAGACAAAGGAAGAGCCAAUUAAAAGACCAGUCAGACAAGGAAGGCGGCGUCAGAGAGGUCUUCUCAUCCAAGAGACGUCAAGAUAGGCAAGCUAACUCUCCCGCCAAAGUGACAAGUGUCAGCUUGCUGAACAAGUUGGAACAGAGUGGGAGUGGUGGGAAAAACAUGAACCCUGAAAGCUUAUCAUCUCCAGGUUGUCUGAAAAGUGAUGAUGAAAUGAAGCCUAAAAUUUCUCCAACCCCUGCUUGCCAGGAUCAUAACAGGGCAGGACAGGAAAUGUGUUAUGUAUGUUUGCAACGAGCGCAGCGCAAUUCCCCAUUGUACUACAGUGAGGAAAGGCGGAAGAGAGAGGCCGAGGAUGAGCAACUCAUACAGCAGUACCAGAUGCUGAAGGACCAAGAGGCUUUCUUCAAACACCAGAUGAGAAGUCUGGCUAGCAGAGAACAGAAUUAAAAAAAUGCUGCCUAUAACCUUGGAGUUGCUGAAGCUGUGAGGGUCCACAAGAAUGAGAAACCUGCAUUUUAUAAAUCCUUCCUAUUUGAUAAACGGCCACUCAGUCCUGAGGUUAAUGCUUGCAAGCAAGAAGAAUAUUCCCAAAGUCUCUUGAAACAAAUGGAGAACAGACAGGAAAAGGAAAUAAAGCAAAGACAAAACAGAGAGUUGAUGGACCGCCUGGAACAAGUGCAGCUCACAGAGGAACUCACUGCACAAAGAGCCAAAUAUAUAAGAGACAAGAUGGAAGAAACCAGGUGUUACAAGAGAGCUUUGGAUGUACAGAUAAAGAAGAAACGCCCGCAGCUGCCCGUGUUUGAGCCAGACUCUUCUGAGCCCAUCUUCGGCAAGGAUGAGGGCGAGCUGGUGGUAGAAAAGAGACAGCAAGAGCAGGACUGCAUGAAGCACCAGCUGGAGGCAGCUGCUAGCCGCAAGAGGAGAGCCAUCCUGCACCAGCUGGUGGACCAGAAGCGGGAUUUGCAGAUGCUUCGUAGGACACGCAAAGAGCACUUGGCAGACAGACGUGCUGAGCUGGAGCGAGUGAACCGAAUCAACCGAAGCUUACUGGAGGACUGGGAAAGGAGUGCCACAGCGAAGAGGCAGCGGGACCUGGAGGAGAAGGCUUUCGAGCGGGCCUCAGACAAGCUCUUCCUCCUGGACCAGUGUGAGAAUUACCGGCGCUGCCGGCAGUGCCAGAGGCGCACCUCCAACGUGGGCGAGAGCAGCCUGUGGCCCCUGAACAAGUACAUGCACGGCUCCCGCCUGUUCGUGUAAAAUGCAAAGUUUGGACCUGUGUUUCCUGGGGAAAGUUUGUAUUGCUUAAAUGUUUAGGGCUGAUGAUGGAACUGCGUAUUUGUACUUUAGAGGAAGAAAAUUAUGGUGCGGCUUUGGUGCUUUCAGGAGUAGGCUGCUUUUUUAACCCCUUAUUAAAGUCGUGCAAGUCAGGGUCGCCCCUCCCGUCUUCUUCCCACCCCCGCGGGAGCACUGCUGCCAUCAGGGCUGGGAGCGGGAUCAGCUUCAUUCCGGCUGUGACCCAGCCCUUCCACUCCCUGCGUGACUGUGUAUCUUUUCUUCAUCUAUAAUGAAUAGUGUCACAAUAAAUAUUUUUGACGUGC